UUUUGAGACAGUAACCGAUAGCGUUUAGUUUGGUAACUGAUGGCAUUACUAUAUGCUGUGGUGAGUGGUGUUCUUCUCACUGCUGUAGUAUUAAUAACAGUGUUUAUUUUACGAUUAUUUGUGAUUUUGCGAGAUGGAUCGGAAUAUAAACCAGGACAGAAGGGUUCUGUGUCAGUUCUGGUGGUGGCUGGAUCAGGAGGACACACAACAGAAAUCAUCCGUCUGUUGGGGAGUUUAUCUCAGUCUUAUAACCCUCGGCAUUAUGUGAUCGCAGACACUGACAAAAUGAGUGAAGAGAAGAUCCAAACUUUUGAAGCAGAGCGGAAGAAAAGUGAUUCAACCUCUCAGUUCACUCUCCACUGGAUUCCUCGCAGUCGGGAGGUUCGUCAGUCAUGGAGUUCCUCCGUUCUGAGUUCCCUGAGCGCUCUGAUGUCAUCCGUACCGCUGGUCUUUAGGCUUCAGCCGGAUAUGGUGCUGUGUAACGGUCCAGGGACGUGUGUCCCACUGUGUGCCGCUGGGCUGCUCCUGGGCGUCCUGGGCCUGAAAAGGGUCCUGAUCGUCUACGUGGAGAGCAUCUGUCGCGUGGAGACACUGUCUCUAUCUGGGAAGAUCCUCUACUACCUUUCUGACUACUUCUUUGUGCAGUGGCCACCACUGAAAGACAAAUACCCUAAGUCCAUCUACCUAGGGAGAUUGGAGUGAGGAGAACAUUUACAGAAAACCAAAUUUUCUUUUUGCAUGACAUAUCGGUUUUGAAUUCAUCUGAGAAUCACAUGAGUUUUGAUACUGUUCAGUGAAGCUGACGCGAAUCAUUCCUAUGCAGUUACUGACGUGCUAAAAUACACAACUAUGACAACUGCAUCAGCGUUUUCUGUUGUUUUUUAAUGCCAAAACAGUCACGAUGGGCUGAUGAAAUAUCGUAUCACACCUUUUCUACCUUUUACGCCCUUGAAAAGUCAACCAAACGAAACCAAGAGAAGUUUUUACAUGUGCAGGUGCUUUUAAUUCCCUUCAUAGUUUCAGCAUUUUCCAACACUGCACGAAAAAGAUAAUAAUUGGCUUGGGUUUGUCCCUUUCAAAGGUUAGACUUGUUUAGAUUGUCAUUCCUCAUUCUUACAUGUGUAUGAAUACUUUUUUUCCUCAGUGUUUUUCCGAAAUAUUGUCCAGCUCACUACACUAUUCAGCAGUACUUCAUUGUUGAUCUCUUCCUGUGCUGGCGUGUGGUUGGUUUUAGAGGAAAUGGUGUGAGUUAAAGACUAAAGAUUCUCA